GGCAGUUUUACGACAGCAGCGGGGGGACUUACGGCGCUGUUACGUCGCACAUUGCUCAGCAGAAGAAACUUAUGGCUGCAGAUGUGCAGACCGGGAUUAACGGGGCCGACGCGGACUGAUGGAAAACACAAAACAUCAUGAAGGAGAUUGACAGUGUGGGUAGUGAAAAGGAUGAGCAGUGGGUUGUCAGUGAGACGAAGGAUGAAGAGGAGGUUCCAAUGAGCCGCAGUUUCUCGGUAGAAGACCUCCUUGAUGAGGUGGAGAAGAUCUGUUACGAUGCCUCAGGGACUUCAAAGGUGGAGAUGGUGGUGAGGCUGUGGAAGGAUGGUUUUACUGUCAAUGAUGAGGAUUUUCGAAGCUACUCCGUUCCAGAAAAUCAAGAUUUCCUGGAUGCCAUUAAAAGAGGGGAGCUUCCGGCGGAGUGGGAGAGCAGAGCAGAGGAGGAGGAGCUGGAGAUCAGCGUGGAGGAUCUGACCGAGGAGAAUUAUGUUCCCAAGAAGAAGGCCUUUCACCCCUUUAGUGGGCGAGGAUACCGGCUGGGCAGUGUUGCACCCAGAGUUGUGGCCAGGUCACCAUCUGUGCACGAGGACGGAGAAUCUCCUCCUAUUCCCAUGGUAACACUAGACCACACCCUUCCCGUUACCUCGCUGCAGAUCUGGUUGGCUGACGGCAGGAGACUGGUGCAGAGGUUUAACCUAUCGCAUCGGAUCCAUGAUGUUCAGGAUUUCGUGGCGCGCUGCCAGAGGAGCUGCCCACCCUUCGUCCUCACCACGUCGGUUCCUUUCCGAGAGCUCGGCGACAGAGAGUUGAGUCUGGAAGAGGCGGAUUUGGCUAACGCUGUCAUUGUCCAGAGACCCCUGAACACACAGGCUCCGUUUGGACACUCCUGACCAACAGGGCCUCAUAAGAUUCACUCAGCACGACACCGUUCCCCUCACUGACACAUCACCAACCUGACAGCAAAAUCUAACCCUCCUAUAAGCUCUGAUGUUUCUCUCUUCACUCUGCAGUUUGUGCUGCAUUUUAUGAUUGUCAUUUAUGGGUUAUUCCAUCUCAAAUCAUCAGGCUACCCCUGCUCAACCAUCUCUGAUUUGCUUGAAAGAUUUAUAUAGUUAACUAUGGAUAUUUAAAAUGGAAGAUUUUUGAUUGAUUUAUCAAAUACUUUCUGAGAAAAUUUUAUUUUAAGUGCCCAUUGAGCCUCUUUCACCACAUAUUUUGAUGAUAGUUACACCAAACUUCACUGCCAGUCUCCUCCAAGCAAAGGUUGAUGCCGACAAAAUGGGCUCCAAAAAUGAAAAAUACUCCCUGUUUAAAAAAGUAUUUGGAGAACCAAACUCCAAAUUUCUGUUUUACUUGAACUAGACUUCUUCCAGUAUUUAUAUUUUUUUAGGUAUAUCUUGCCAUACCUACUCAAUCAGUUAUGAAAGUUCAAUGAAAAAAAAAAGUCAUUUUUGUGGCCAAAUAUUUCAUUUUUAAAGUAUUCUGUGUGAUUUGUAUAAUUUUGACAUGCAGCUACAUAUGGUUCAGAAAUAAUCACUAGUCAACUUCUGCAUGAUCAAGUUGUUUUUUUUUGGUAAUGUAUGCUCAAAGAUAGGACUUUUUUCAACUCACACAUAAUCAGAGAUUAUUGGUUGUACUUGUCCAAUAUUGCAGAUUCUGUAUCAAUGACAUGAUGAGAAAUAUAAUUGAAAAUUUCAUUUUUUUAUCUGUAAUAGUUGCUGAGAUAUUGUCGUUCAAACAGCCUCAAAUUUCAAUGUGCUGCAAGUGGGUCAGUGAGAAAUUGUUUCAGUAAUUAUCUCUGAGCUAAAAUGUCACACUUCUGUAUGAAUAUCCACAAUUUAUGCUUUAAAAUUUUCAGGCAAAUCGGAAACAGUCGAGCAGAAAUGGUUCUAAACAUGUGACGCUUGGGGAUCGAAUGACCCUCGUAGUGUGUAGUUGGUCUGAAAACCUGAGCACAUGAAAACCAGGUACGUGCAUGGGAUAGAAAUGGUGUUUCCGAGUAUAAAACCAUCCCCACGAGGCAGCUUUUUCCCUUUCUUGUGAUCAAAUGCAGUCCUGUUAGAAUCGCUUGACCCUUUGUUCAUUUUCACCACCCACAGUCUCUGCUUUGUCUCUGACCCUCUGAGGACGUCCUGAGAUGUUGGACUUCAGUAAAAGCAACACCAGAGUCUAGAAAUGCAAGUAGAAGUCCUGCAUUAAAUGUUGUAGCAUCAAAAUAUGCUCAAGGUACUCAUGCAGAUGCAGAAUGCUCCAUUACAGAAUAACAUUUAUUAUAUAUUUAAGUUAAUAAGCCAGGACUACUCACCUGUAAUACAUAAGAGUGUAUUUGCUGAUUAUAUUUAAUUCUGUUAGUGUGAACAUGCAAAGUAACUUAAGUUAUCAAGUAAAUGUAAUAGAAUGGAAGUAUAAAGCUGGAGUGCAAAUACCCCAAAACUGUACUUAACUAACUUGCACUACUUGAGUAAAUGUAUUUAGUUACUUUAUACCACUCCUCUUGACCUGUUUGCAGAAAUCCCCAAGCAUGUUUCAGUUCUUGAAUGAUGACGAUCCCUUCAUAAGGCAAGUGUCAUUUAUUACAUUUUCUUUCUUCACUAACUGGUGAAAAACUACAUUUUGUUAGUUAAUUUUUCACUUUCCUUUCACUGUACUCUUCAUGACUUUAGCCAGCUAAACACAUAUUGGAUUGAAAAUAACCAAAAAAGAAGCUGUCAGUGUUUAAUUACGUUUGUCGGUUGCUGCAAAAACCAUUUAACAUAACUCAUACCCAGUCCCCAUAUUCAAAAUCUCAAAAACCAACUUAAGGAUGCUUUUCUGCUCACAGACACUGUUUUCUGGUUUUUAUGUGCACCGGUUUCAGUUCUUUCCUUCUCUGUGUGGGAUUAGCUAAUAGAGAUAUUUUCACUUAACCGAGGUGCUGCUGAGGCGCUGUGGUUGAUGUUUACUUUGUCUUCUUCUCCCCCUGGAGGACAGUGUUUACCUGCCAACAGAAAAAACCCCGAAACUGCACAAAAAAAACUGUGAAUCCAAACCAGUGCUGUCUUUUGUGCAGAUGGUCGACCAUCUGUCCGUCUGCAGCAUGUAACCCUCCUCACUGCUUCACACUCACCAACACCAAGCAAGUCUCUGAAGUCUUCCCAAAGUGUGAUCACUACUUUCUCUGCACUAUUUACAGCAUCAAUAAGGGGCUUAUAUACGUUUACAAUAAUAUAUAUAUAUAUAUAUAUAAAAAUAUAUAAGGAAAAUGUGAUGUUUUUGUUUGCACACUGUUAGAAUGUAAAAGAAAAAUACCUUAUUUAUGUUUGCCUGGAUGUUUGAGUGUAAUCUCUUUUUUCUUCUUUUUUUAAGGGGUUGGGGAGCUAAGAAUGUUUAAUGUAUGGUUUUAUUUGAUUGACUCAUUUAAGGACAUAUCACAAGAUCAAAGUAUAUACAAUAAAUAUCCUCCUUAAAGUUA